AUGUACCGGGCCGAGGUCGCGCAGUGGCACACGGAGGCGGCCGGCUCGACGGCCAAAUUCCAGGGGUCCUACCCCAAACCCUCCAUCUCUGUCAGCCCCGGUGGGGUGAUCCCCAUGGGGGGAAAUGUCACCAUCUGGUGUUGGCAUCAGCACCUGGGCCUGAGGUUCCUCCUCUACAAGGAUGAAGAUGGGAACCAUCUGACUUACACAGACCCUGCUGGCUCUGAGGCUAAAUUUCCCAUCACCGGUGCCAGACAGGAACAGAGUGACAACUACACCUGUCAAUAUCAUAGAAUCAUAGAAUAUCAGGGCAUCUACUCAGAGCCCAGCGACCCUGUGCAGAUCAUUGUAGCAGCAUCCCCCUACUCCAAGCCCUCCAUCUCCCUCAGCCCCAGCGGGGAGAUCGCGCCGGGGACGGACGUCACCAUCUCCUGCCACGGGCUGCAGCAGGGCGUGCGGUUCAAGAUGUACCGGGCCGGGGUUGCACGGUGGCACACGGAGCCGUCCGGCUCGACGGCCGAAUUCCGCAUCCCCAACGCCCGGCGGGAGGAUGGGGGCAACUACACCUGCAGUUACGAGAGCCUGACAGAGCCGCCCGUCAGCUCCCCCCACAGCGACCCCGUGCAGCUGGUGGUAGAAGCGCACUACUCCAAGCCCUCCAUCUCCCUCAGCCCCAGCAGGGAGAUCGCGCCGGGGACGGACGUCACCAUCUCCUGCCACGGGCCGCGGCAGGGCGUGCGGUUCAAGAUGUACCGGGCCGGGGUCGCGCGGUGGCACACGGAGCCGUCCGGCUCGACGGCCGAAUUCCGCAUCCCCAACGCCCGGCGGGAGGACGGGGGCAACUACACCUGCAGCUAUGAGAGCCUGAGGGAGCCGCCUGUCAGCUCCCCCCACAGCGACCCCGUGCAGCUGGUGGUAGCAGGGGCCCCCCCGAAGCAGGAUUACCCCCCGUUUGCCAUCGUCCGUCUGUCCCUGGCCGCCGGGGUCCUGCUGGCCCUGGUGCUGGUCCUGGCCGAAGCCGCGUACAGCUGGAGGAGCCUCGGCACCCGGAUGUCGGGCCAGGGCCUGCAGAGCUCGGUACCCGCAUGCGUCCACACGCACCUCCGCACACUCCGCCGGGGAGCCCAGGCCUGGGCUAGUGGGGGGCUGCGGGUCGUGGCCGUGGUGCAGGAGGAGACGCUCAGCUACCCAUGUGAGGCCAGCACCUCCUCGCACCGGAUCGACCUCCCGCUGGACGCCGGGGAAGGAGAAAAGAAAAUGCAAUGGAUGCACGGGAACACGGCGAUCGCCACCUACCCGCCCAGCGGGCAUCACCCCUCCGUGCUGGACGUGGGCGAAUGGGGAAUCGCCCUGAGCAGCUGCAUGAAUCUCACCCUGCUUGUGUUCGACGCAACGGGUAAGGAGAGAAGGACGCACUACACAGCGUGGAGGCUGCAGAUGGGGGUCUACGAAUCCCCUGCCCCGGCACAGAACCCAGGAGUCCGGCUGGCCUUUUCCCUGCUGAGCUGUAACUGCCGGAGCAGGCUGGGCAGGGCCCCGGGGCUGUCCCAGGUCGCCGUCUCCCGCUAA